AGCAUGACGGUGGUGUAUCCGCGCAAGAUGUUGGCCCGAUUCCAUCCGUAUCACGGACAGAACAUAAUCCUGUUCAACGAGAACACGGUCGCCUACCGCAAGGCGAGUUUCGGUAAUGCGCUCACCUUUAGCGAAAAGCCACUGCAACCGGGGGAAAUAUUUCUGCUGGAGAUUGAGAAGAACGAGAGGGGCUGGAGCGGACAUAUGCGGCUAGGUCUCACGCAGCUAGACAUUAAACCUGCUUCCGCGCUGCAGUAUGCCUUACCGGACCUAACGAACCUCGGCUCGAGCUGGGUCUUUCCAAUUACACGCACCGUGGGCAAUUCGAUGCUGAAAAGCAACAUCCUCGGAAACGGCAUCAACGUAAAGACGUCCCGGGGUGUCUUCCCGCGUAGUCUACUAAAACCGAUCUCACAGGAUGGUGGCGCCAGCGCGGACAUUCUGCCCACAGACACAAACUCACGCAUCGGCGUGAUCUUUGUACCAAGCGAGCACGAGGCGGAUAAGGCGGAGCUGCAUUUUAUCAUCAAUGGCGAGGAUCAGGGACCGUGCACGCACGACAUCCCGUACACAAAGGGCGCUCUGCACGUGGUGAUCGACGUCUACGGUACGACAAAGCAGGUGAAGAUCAUUCAGCUGUACGGCAUCUCGACGUUGCAGGGCGCGUGUCGCGAUGCGAUACUAGCCCGGGUGAAAAGGUCCGCCAUUCCUGACCUCCCGUUGCCAGAGAGCCUGAAAAGCUAUUUGAUGCAGCUGUAGAUUUGCGAAGUGUGAGACUACGGACACGAUGCAACUGGGCUGGGUAGAGAUGGCCUCUAGCGAAGGGAGAACAUUACUGUAGAGAAUGUACUCCCAUCGCACUACGUUUAAACUGGGCAGGUUUUAAACCGCGAACCUAUAACGGCGACUCUCGAAAGCCUGUUAAUUAUAUUAACAGGGGCAGUUAUUAUUGUCUCUCUUAAACCUGACCUUCCUUUUAAACAUACACAAUUUACAAACAAAC